AUGCCUGGCUUGCUUCGGAAGAUAGUCAUCUUCGCAGCGGUUGAUGGACUCAUUCUCCAGUCAGCGGGGAAUGGACUACGCUACAAUGGUAACGGUGAUUCCUCGUCUAUCCGCAUUGACUAUAAAACAAAUCGCAUCUCGUCAUUGCCUGGUCCCGCAUCAGACCUAAGUGAAAGGAAGGACUUUGCGGGCCUUGAGACUUAUGGACUCGUUGGCCUUCUGACUGUUGCGUCAUAUUCGUUCCUCAUUACCAUCACCCAGCGCCAGCAGGUUGCCCAGAUCCAGGGGAAGCCGAUUUAUAGCAUUGCAAAUGUCGCUGUUAUUCCUACCUCGUCGCACGAAGAUGCCAGUCGUGCGAUAGUACAAGCGAAAGAGAACAUUCUCCAGGGGGAAGAGUGUGACGACACCGACACACCGUCGGAGGAUACAGAUAUAUCUGAUGCAGAGACAGAUGGAAGCGAUGCAGAAGACAUCAAUACCGCGCCUGCUUCGCCGGUCCAGGGGUCAUGCCACCCCAGAAACGACAGCAUCAGCAGCAACAUCACAGAAAACAUGAUAGGGAAGAAACUCCGGUUCGGACGCUUUGCGGCAAACUGGCUAUCACGGAAGGCUAUGGGUUUACCUGGGCUCAGCACCGCAGAGUUGGAGACGGUCGAGGCAGAGUCUGGGAGUAUACCCAUGGUGGAAUUCAAGGAAGAGAAUCCUGUGGCAGCUCGCUCGGCCUCUGCGGCGAACACCGAAGAACUUCCUGCAUCUGCGAGCGAUGGCGAGUCCUCGAAAGGGAGCGAACUAGAACCGCCCGUGGACACAAAGCCCAUAGAGCUGUUACCCAAGUUGCUGCGGUAUACGAAGCUGAUAUUCUCUUCGCGCAACUUCUUUUUCUCUUAUGAUUACGACCUCACCAGGCCUGUCAGCGCUCAGCCGACUGCCAUGGCCCUAAACGGGCGUUUAUCAUUGCACAAGGCUGCAGAUGAGUUGUACUUCUGGAACCAGCAUCUCAUGCUUCCAUUCAUUACAGCGGGUACGCAUCCUUUUGUUUUACCGCUUGUCCAGGGCUUCGUGGGUCAGAGCGAGUUCACUGUGGCUGCAAAGUCAGGACCGUCGUCCGAGACAGAGCCGUCCGAGGCGCGCAUCCUAGGCGAGAAGCAAGAAGCGGAGGACGUUCAGACAGCUGGUGAAAAACGGAAUUUUCUCCUCACUCUGAUCUCACGUCGGUCUGUCAAACGCCCGGGCCUGAGGUAUCUUCGUCGGGGCGUGGAUGACGAUGGAAACACCGCCAACACUGUGGAAACGGAGCAAAUUCUUUCUGUACCGGAUUGGGACUCCUCCCAUAAUAUUUAUUCUUACCUUCAGCUGCGCGGUUCCAUUCCGCUAUAUUUCUCGCAGUCUCCAUACUCCUUCAAACCGGUACCUGUUCUCCACCAUUCGCCUGAAACCAACAGAUUUGCGUUUGAGCGGCACUUCCGUACUAUAAGCCGACGCUACGGCAAGAUCCAAGCUGUUUCCCUGAUUGACAAGCGCAAUCCAGAGCUGAAGAUUGGGGAGCAGUAUGAGAAGUAUGCUCAGGAACUGAACCAGUCCGGCGGCAUUGAUGGCGUACCGCUUGGGUUUGAAUGGUUUGAUUUUCACAAUGAAUGCCGUGGGAUGAAGUUCGAGAACGUGAGCCGGCUCGUUGGCAGACUCAAAAAUACCUUGAGCGAGUUCAAAAGCAUUGUCGUAAACAACGGCACCGUUCUUCAAAAACAGACGGGGAUUGUGCGUACCAACUGCAUGGACUGCCUUGACCGCACAGGAGUCGCACAGUGCGCUUUUGGGCAAUGGGCCCUUGAGCGCGAGCUAAAGGAGGAAGGUAUUGAUAUUGAUUUAGGUGGUGACUCCUCGACGAGGUGGUUUAACAUCUUGUGGGCGGAUAACGGAGACGCUAUUUCCAAGCAGUAUUCGUCAACGGCGGCUUUGAAGGGCGACUAUACCAGGACUAGGAAGCGAGAUUAUCGCGGAGCUUUGAAUGACUUUGGGUUAACGCUGUCUCGGUAUUACAACAACAUUGUCAACGACUACUUCUCGCAGGCAUGCGUCGACUAUCUUUUGGGAAAUGUCUCUACACAGGUGUUCCAGGAGUUUGCAACAGAGCUACAGUCAGCAGACCCCGGUAUAUCAGUACAGAAGCUCAGGCAGAAUGCCAUCGAUACCAGCUGCCGCCUAGUGGUCAGUGACCAGUCUGAGGAGUUUCUAGGCGGCUGGACAUUGUUGACGCCGCAUCAGCCAAACACACUUAGAACAUUGCCAUUCGAAGAGUCUGUCCUGCUACUCACUGACGCCGCUGUCUACAGCUGCCGCUUUGACUGGAACACAGAUAAGGUGCUGUCAUUUGAGCGGAUCGACCUGCGCUCAAUAACACGAAUCAACUACGGCACUUACAUCACAUCAACUCUGACCGACGCGCAAUCAGACGAGCAACGAAACUUCGGACUGGUUAUCGAGUUCCGCGAAGGCGACAACAAUGCCCUGCGUGUUAACACGCGUUCCCUUCAAAGCGAGGUCGACCCGAAGGCCCUAGACAACCAAUGGGACAUGUCUGCGUGGUUUACGAGCUCGCAGCGGAACAAAACCCGCAUCAUGGCCUUCAAGGCUCUUCCAUUGUCCAAUUCAGUGACGCAAACACAACGCAGAAAGAGUGCAACUGUGAGCGAGACCGACUGGGUGCAGAAUAUCUGCGAAGAGAUCGAACAUGCUAUGAAGGCGGGCCAGAGAACGACGGCAAAUGCCGAGUCCCGGCCGUUUGUAGUCGAACCAGCCGAGAUAAUAUCGCUCGCCGAAGCGAAGAAGCGGACCGGGCUUCUGGAGCAUUUGGUUCAUGAUAUCAAGAAGAUGGUGUGGGCUUAG